AUGCCAUUGCAUCAUGUGUGUGGAAUAUUUGUAUUUAUCAGUGUAUGUCUGAUUUCCUUCACACCACCUUGUGAUGGAGGAAACAUUCUGGUGUUCCCUGUGGACGGCAGCCACUGGAUCAAUAUGAAGAUCCUGCUGGAAGAACUUCAUGCCAGGGGACACAGCAUCAGUGUGAUGAGGGCCUCCACCAGCUGGUACAUCCCAGAAAAGUCUCCUCUCUACACAUCCAUUACCAUUGAAGUCAAUGAAGGUAUUGAGAACUUCUUUGAUGUGUACCUAAAGGAGAAUAUGCGGGCGCAGAGAGAGGGGGCUUCAGCACUUACUUUCUUUAAACUCACCAAGGAUUUCCUUUCUAUGAUUGCUAAAGCUCAUUUAAUCUGGGUUGAUACCCUCCCUCAAAUCUUUGAUGAUGAAAAUAUGGUCAAAAGCUUAAUGGAUGCCAAAUUUGAUCUUGUUCUCACUGACCCAGCUAUAGCAGCAGGGGUCAUACUAGCCAAGUAUCUCAAACUGCCCUUGGUGCUCAAUGUUCGCUGGAUCACCAGCGGAGAAGGCCACUUUGCUAUAGCCCCCUCACCAACGUCUUAUAUCCCAGUGCCAGGAUCAGGUUUAACGAACAAAAUGAAUUUCAUCCAGAGGGUCAAGAACAUGCUUUUCUACGGCAUUAUAGUGUUCCAGCAGAAAUUCAUGGUGGGGCCAUACUAUGAUGCCAUGUGUGAGAAAUACAUCGAGGGUGGAUGUGACAUCAUCUCGCUUCUUCAGGAAGCAGACAUUUGGCUGUUCAGGUCAGAUUUUGUCUUUGAAUUCCCUCGGCCCACAAUGCCAAAUGUCAUCUACAUAGGAGGGUUUCAGUGCAAACCAGCCCAACCACUGCCAGCAGACCUGGAGGAGUUUGUUCAGAGUGCUGGGGAGCACGGAUUCAUAAUUAUGACUCUGGGAACUUUGGUGAAUGCUUUGCCCAAAGAGGUGCAGAGGGAAAAAGAGAGAGAGCCUGAUUACCUCAUCCCCAAAGGAGCUGAUUAA